AUGAGCCUCAAUCCCGGCCUCCUCGCCAAUCCCUUUGUUCUCUGGAUGGCUCGUCGCAAUCGCGGUAUUCACCAGCCUGAGCACCACCUCAUCACCAUGGGCCCUCCAGCUGUUGUCGGUGUGGGCAUGCUUCUCCUCUAUGGCUUCACAGCUGGCGGAGGUGCAACUUGGUGGGGACCUUAUCUCGGCUGGACCAUCUUCCAAUAUUCAUUUACAGCUGUUAUCAUCAUCUCGACGACGUUUGCUUCCGAGGCUGCUCCCAAGCAUCCUGGCCCUGCGCUCGUGACUGUCGUCGGUACCAAGAACAUCAUCUCUUUUGGUGUUACUUAUGGAUUGACUCCUAUGAUUGAGGAGCACGGGUAUAAAUGGGCUUUUGGUGUCUUGGCUGGAUUAUUUGGUGGUAUCUUCUUGCUGGGUAUUCCUGUCUGUAUCUGGAACCCCAAGUGGCGCGCUUACGUUGCUGAGAGGGAGGCUCGAAAGGGUACUACUACCACUGAUUGA